UUAGUGUAGUAUGGUGUGCUCCUCUCAAAUAGGGUCGGCUCUUCUUCGUAAGAAAAACACGUCUUCUUUGGGACCCACUUUUCUUAUCUCUAUCUCACAGUCUCUCUAUAUAUGUCAAUUUGUCUCUCUACUCUAUACACUUUGAUCCCCAUCAUAAACUACCUACUUUACAUCUAUUCCUACUACUACAAAGUACUGUCCAAAAGCCUCUGAGUUAAACCAAAUAUAGUUCCCGUGAAUGACAUAAUGUCAAAUUCUCAGGAGUGCUUAGGUGAAAGUAGCAAUAUUAUUGGAUCAACCCAAAACAGCAAUUUAGAGGAUGAGUUGACUCCCUUUUUCUCUUCACCAACCAUGAUGAAAAUGCUGGAGGUGAUGGUGAUCCGGACCUUUGACGGCGUUCUAAAGCCCAGGUUGGAAAACUCGAUUCGUAAUGUUGUAAAACAAGAACUUGAAUCGGCUGAGAAGAAGUUUUUGUUCGCCAAGGGAAACCCUGAAAAAGAUAUUCAAGCUCCUAAACCAAGAAGCUUGAAGUUGAAGUUCUUGACAAAGGUAUCUGUUCCUGUACUUACUGGAGUGGAAAUUAAAGGGGAAGGAGGUAAUGCUAUUCAAGUGGCUUUGAUUGAUGAUAACACUGGAGAAAUUGUUGAAUGUGGACCAGAAGCCUCAGCUAAAGUGGAGAUAGUUGUUCUUAAGGGAGAAUUUGGUGGUGAUAAUGAAGGUAAUUGGACAGCUGAAGAGUUCUGUAGCAAUGUUGUGCAAGAGAGGGAAGGAAAAAAGUCUCCUCUUGCAGAAACUGUAAAUGUGAGACUUUAUAAAGGCAUUGGUUCUAUAGAUAAAAUCAGAUUUACACAUUCUUCAAGGUAUAUGAGGAAGGGGAUGUUCAGCCUAGGUGCACGAAUUGCUGACACUUUCAAUAGUAUUCGAGUAAAAGAAGCAAGGACUGAAUCUUUCACUGUCAAGGAUGGGCGCCAGCUAUAUAAAGAGAAGCGUGAUCCACCAUCUCUAUCGGAUGGGGUACAGCGAUUAAAAAACAUAGGUAGAGACAGUAACAAUCGCCUUCUGGGUGAAAAUGUCAACACUGUAGAGGACUUUUUGAUUUUGCUCCUAAAAGACCGUGAGCGACUCAAAUGCGUACUUAGUCUAAAGCCAAAGAUGUUGGAGGAGACAAUUAAACAUGCUCGAAGAUGCACGCUUAAUGAACGGAUAUACUUUUAUAUUGACUCUCAAGAAAAGGAAGGGGUAGUUUUUAACAUUGUUGGAGAGGUGCUGGGACUUAUUCUGGAGUUCCAAUAUCUACCUAUGUAUCGAUUAUCUGAAAGUGAUAAGGCACGAUUCUUUUUAGCCAAAACUUCCGUUGCUGUCUCUUUCCUUUUGUUGCUCUUAUCUCAUAUUUGUUGCUGUUUUCGUCCUAUUUGUGAUUGAGAUUGACAGGCUAACGCUCAGAGGCUGCUGGUAUCUGCAUGUGAACAUUGGGAUCAUGUGUUACCAGUUGAUAAUGAAACGUGUCUUGUGCAAUAUCUUUCUCAAGUAUCGCCAACCAAGAGCCCUUCGAAUUCUCCAAGCCGAGAGGUUCCUAACACCAGUAACGAUGUUGAGAAUUUUAGAAUAAGUAAUGGACACCGUUCUACCUCAUUUCAGCGCAAUGUUUCAUCCAUGGUUCCAGCCAGAGGUCCAAGUGCAAUUAGUCAGAAUGCUUGUGGUUCUGCCAGUAUGAGUAACCUGGAGUUCUCUAACUCCCCAAUAUAUAGUAUGAGUAACCUGGAG